AUCCCGGCGCGGCGGGGCAGGGGCAGAGGCAGAGGCAGGGGCGGCAGAGGAGGGAGGCGCGGCGGAGGCGGCGCUCCUAGGUGUCAGCAGCGAGCCACGCCGCGCCGAGCGAGCCGAGCCGAGCGAGCCGAGCCGCCGCGGCGCAGGGAGGGAGUUGCAGACUUGGCAGCGCUUCAGUGCGCGGGCGGCGGCGGGCGAGGCGAGGCGAGGCGAGGCGAGGCGAAGGAGGUGGCAGCAGCAGCAGCAGCAGCAGCAGCAGCAGCAGCAGCCCCGCUCCGGCCCCGCACAACUUGGCUCGGGGCUGCGGGCAUGGCGGAGUGAGCAUCCCCCGCGCCCGGGCUCCGGGGUCGGGGCCGGGCUCCGCCGCAGCGGCAAUGCGGCGCCGGCGCUGAGCGCCCGGGGGAAGCGGCAGCCGCAGCCCGGCGCCGCCAGGACAAGAUCUGCCAGGGGACCGGUGCUUUGAAAUUGCUCGUGGCUCCGAAUCCUCCAUCCUUUGGGAAUACAAGUCUUGCUAACCAUGUCGGCAGCCACGUGGAAAUGGACUUGCCUGAUUUCCCACCUCCUCCUGUCCACCAUGACGUGGUCUUUUGCUAGGCAACAGCCGCCUCACCCAAAGAGACCCUUCAUCACCUUUACAGGUGAGCAGGCAGAGGGGACUUUUAACCACUUGGUGGUGGAUGAAAAAACUGGACAUAUUUACUUGGGAGCCGUCAACAGGAUCUACAAACUCUCCAGUGACCUGAAGGUCUUGGUGACGCACCAGACCGGUCCGGAUGACGAUAACCCCAAGUGUUAUCCCCCUAGGAUUGUCCAAACCUGCAAUGAGCCCUUGACUCCCACCAACAACAUCAACAAGAUGCUCCUCAUAGACUAUAAGGAGAACAGGUUGAUAGCCUGCGGGAGCCUUUACCAGGGGAUCUGCAAGCUCUUGAGGCUGGAUGACCUUUUCAAGUUGGGAGAGCCCUUCCACAAGAAGGAGCAUUACCUCUCUGGGGUGAACGAGAGCGGCUCUGUUUUCGGAGUCAUUGUUUCUUACAGCAACAUGGACGACAAGCUGUUCAUCGCCACCGCCGUGGAUGGCAAGCCAGAGUACUUCCCCACCAUCUCCAGCCGGAAGCUAACCAAGAACUCCGAGGCCGACGGGAUGUUUGCCUACGUCUUUCACGACGAGUUUGUGGCCUCCAUGAUCAAGAUCCCCUCGGACACGUUCACCAUCAUCCCUGACUUCGACAUCUACUAUAUCUACGGCUUCAGCAGCGGCAACUUCGUCUACUUCCUGACCCUGCAGCCAGAGAUGAUCUCCCCGCCAGGCUCCACCACCAAGGAGCAGGUCUACACCUCCAAGCUGGUCCGGCUUUGCAAGGAGGACACAGCCUUUAAUUCCUACGUCGAGGUGCCCAUCGGCUGCGAAAAGAACGGGGUGGAGUACCGGCUGCUCCAGGCAGCCUACUUGUCCAAGGCGGGAACCAUCUUGGCCAGGUCCUUGGGUGUCAGCAAAGAUGCUGAUAUCCUCUUCACGGUCUUCACCAAGGGGCAGAAGAGGAAAAUGAAGUCGCUGGAUGAGUCUGCUCUCUGCAUCUUUGUCCUGAAAAAGAUCAACGACCGCAUCAAGGAGAGGCUGCAGUCCUGCUACAGGGGAGAGGGGACGUUAGAUCUGGCGUGGCUCAAAGUCAAGGACAUUCCCUGUAGCAGCGCGCUGUUAACGAUCGACGACAAUUUCUGCGGCCUGGAUAUGAACGCUCCGCUGGGAGUAUCGGAGAUGGUGCGGGGGCUUCCCAUCUUCACCGAGGACAGGGACAGGAUGACGUCGGUGAUUGCGUACGUCUACAAGAACCACUCGCUGGCUUUCGUGGGCACCAAGAAUGGCAAAUUGAAAAAGAUCCGCGUGGACGGCCCCACCAAUAACGCCCUGGAAUACGAGAUCGUGCAGGUGGUGGAUAACGGCCCCAUAUUACGGGAUAUGGCUUUUUCAAUGGAUGACGAGCACCUGUACAUAAUGUCAGAAAAGCAGCUGACCCGGGUGCCCGUGGAGUCCUGCGGCCAGUACAAGACCUGCAGCGAGUGCCUGGGCUCGGGGGACCCGCACUGCGGAUGGUGCGUGCUCCACAACACGUGCACAAGGAAGGAGAGAUGCGAGCGGUCCAGCGAGCCCCGGAGAUUCGCCUCGGAGAUGAAGCAGUGUGUCCGGCUCACCGUGCAUCCCAACAACAUCUCCGUCUCCCAGUACAAUGUGUUGUUGGUCUUGGAAACCUACAACGUCCCAGAGUUGUCGGCUGGGGUCAACUGCACCUUUGAGGACCUUUCCGAGAUGGACGGCUUGGUGGUGGGGAAUCAGAUCCAGUGCAUCUCCCCUGCUGCUAAGGAAGUGCCCCGAAUCGUCACAGAGAAUGGAGACCAUCACAUCGUGCAGCUCCAGCUCAAAUCCAAGGAGACGGGCAUGACUUUCGCUAGCACCAGCUUUGUCUUCUACAACUGCAGCGUCCACAACUCAUGCCUGUCAUGCGUGGAGAGCCCCUACCGCUGUCACUGGUGCAAAUACCGUCACGUCUGCACGCACGACCCGCGCUCCUGCUCCUUCCAGGAAGGCCGUGUCAAGCUGCCAGAGGACUGUCCCCAGUUGCUCAAGGCAGACAAGAUCCUGGUGCCUGUGGAAGUGAUCAAGCCCAUCACGCUGAAAGCCAAGAACCUGCCACAACCUCAGUCGGGACAGCGGGGCUACGAGUGCAUCCUAAAUAUCCAGGGCCUCGAGCAGCGGGUGCCCGCCUUGAGGUUCAACAGCUCCAGCGUGCAGUGCCAGAACACCUCGUAUUCAUACGAAGGGAUGGAGAUUAACAGCCUGCCGGUAGAGCUGACGGUCGUGUGGAAUGGGAAUUUCAACAUUGACAACCCGGCGCAGAACAAAGUGCAUCUGUACAAGUGCGGGGCCAUGCGCAACAGCUGCGGCCUGUGCCUGAAAGCCGACCCGGACUUUGAGUGCGGCUGGUGCGAGGGGCCGAACCAGUGCACGUUGAAGCAUCACUGCCCUGCCCAGGAAAACCAGUGGUUGGAGCUAUCCGGGACCAAGGGCAAAUGCACCAACCCCAAGAUCACUGACAUCUCCCCGCUGACGGGCCCUCGGGAAGGAGGAACCAAAGUGACCAUCCGUGGGGAGAACCUGGGGCUGGAGUUUCGGGACAUUGCAUCUCAUGUCAAAGUGGCUGGAGUGGAGUGCAAGCCUCUGGUGGAAGGAUACAUCCCAGCAGAGCAGAUAAUGUGCGAGAUGGGGGAGGCCAAACUCAGCCAGCACGCCGGAUUCGUGGAGAUCUGCGUGGCCGAAUGCAAGCCGGAGUUCAUGGCCAGGUCCUCACAGCUCUACUACUUCACGUCAUUGGCGCUGUCAGGCCUAAAGCCGAAGAGGGGCCCAGUGUCGGGCGGCACACAGGUGACAAUUACCGGCUCCAACCUGAAUGCUGGCAGCAACGUCAUGGUGAAGUUUGGGAGCCAACCGUGCCUUUUUUACAAGAGGACCCCCAAGCACAUUGUCUGUAACACCACAGCCUCCGGCGAAGGGUUCGAGAAGGUGCAGGUUUCCGUGCAGGUCGACAAGGCCAAGAUAUCUCAGGAGCUGCAGUUUGAAUAUGUGGAGGAUCCAACCAUCAUGAGGAUCGAGCCAGAGUGGAGCAUCUUCAGUGGAAAUACACCCAUUGUCGUAUGGGGAACACACCUGGACCUGAUACAGAACCCCCAGAUCCGGGCGAAGCAUGGGGGAAAGGAGCACGUCAAUAUCUGUGAGGUGCAGAACUCCACCGAGAUGACCUGCCAGGCUCCAGCCCUGGCAGUCGACCCCAAUUACCAGUCUGAUCUAGCUGAGCGCCCAGAAGAGUUCGGCUUCAUCCUGGACAACGUGCAGUCCCUGCUGAUCCUCAACAAAACCAACUUCACCUACUACCCCAACCCAGUGUUUGAGGUUUUCAACCCCGCAGGGGUCCUGGAACUGAAGCCGGGAAGCCCCAUCAUACUGAAGGGCAAGAACCUGAUCCCUCCCGUGGCUGGAGGGAACGCCAAGCUCAACUACACGGUGCUGGUCGGGGAGAAGCCCUGCACGGUGACGGUGUCGGAUGUGCAGCUGCUGUGCGAGUCCCCAAAUCUCACUGGACGGCACAAAGUGAUGGCUCGGGUGGGAGGGAUGGAGUUCUCCCCUGGGAUGGUCUACAUCUCCCCGGACAGCCCACUCAGCCUGCCUGCCAUCGUCAGCAUUGCUGUGGCUGGGGGCCUGCUCAUCAUUUUCAUCGUGGCCGUGCUGAUUGCCUACAAGCGCAAGUCCCGGGAGAGUGACCUGACCCUGAAGCGGCUGCAGAUGCAGAUGGACAACCUGGAGUCCAGGGUGGCACUGGAAUGCAAGGAAGCUUUUGCAGAGCUUCAGACGGACAUUCACGAGCUCACGAGUGACUUGGAUGGUGCUGGGAUCCCCUUCCUCGAUUACCGGACCUACACCAUGAGGGUGCUUUUCCCAGGCAUCGAAGACCACCCUGUCCUGAGGGAUCUGGAGGUGCCUGGCUACCGGCAGGAGCGGGUGGAGAAAGGCCUGAAGCUCUUUGCCCAGCUCAUCAACAACAAGGUGUUCCUGCUGUCCUUCAUCCGCACCCUGGAGUCCCAGCGCAGCUUCUCCAUGCGGGACCGUGGAAAUGUGGCCUCGCUCAUCAUGACCGUGCUGCAGAGCAAGCUGGAGUACGCCACCGACGUCCUCAAGCAGCUGCUGGCCGACCUCAUCGACAAGAACCUGGAGAGCAAAAACCAUCCCAAGCUGCUGCUGAGGAGGACAGAGUCUGUGGCAGAGAAAAUGCUUACCAACUGGUUCACCUUCCUGCUCUACAAAUUCCUCAAGGAGUGUGCUGGCGAACCUCUCUUCUCUCUCUUCUGUGCCAUCAAACAGCAGAUGGAAAAGGGCCCCAUCGACUCCAUCACUGGGGAAGCCCGAUACUCGCUAAGUGAGGACAAGCUUAUUAGGCAGCAGAUUGACUACAAGACACUGGUCCUGAGCUGCGUGAACCCCGAUAACGUGAACAGCCCGGAGAUCCCAGUGAAGAUCCUCAACUGCGACACCAUCACUCAGGUGAAGGAGAAGAUUUUGGACGCCAUCUUCAAGAACGUGCCCUGCUCCCAUCGGCCGAAAGCUGCGGACAUGGACUUGGAGUGGCGGCAGGCAAGCGGGGCCAGAAUGAUCCUGCAGGAUGAAGACAUUACCACCAAGAUAGAGAAUGACUGGAAGAGGCUCAACACCCUGGCACACUAUCAGGUGCCGGAUGGAUCCGUGGUAGCAUUAGUCUCCAAACAAGUCACUGCCUACAAUGCUGUCAAUAACUCCACCGUCUCCAGGACCUCAGCUAGCAAGUAUGAGAACAUGAUCCGCUACACAGGCAGCCCAGACAGCCUGCGCUCCCGCACACCCAUGAUCACACCGGACCUCGAGAGUGGAGUCAAGAUGUGGCACCUAGUCAAGAAUCAUGAGCAUGGAGACCAAAAAGAGGGUGACCGGGGCAGCAAGAUGGUGUCUGAGAUCUACCUGACGAGGCUGCUGGCCACCAAGGGUACAUUGCAGAAGUUUGUCGAUGACCUCUUUGAGACCAUUUUCAGCACUGCGCACCGUGGCAGCGCCUUGCCCCUGGCCAUCAAAUACAUGUUUGAUUUCCUGGAUGAACAGGCCGACAAGCACAACAUCCAUGACCCUCACGUGCGGCAUACCUGGAAGAGCAACUGCUUGCCAUUGAGGUUCUGGGUUAACAUGAUCAAGAACCCGCAAUUCGUCUUCGACAUCCACAAGAACAGCAUCACGGACGCCUGCCUCUCCGUGGUGGCUCAGACCUUCAUGGACUCCUGUUCAACCUCUGAGCACCGGUUGGGCAAGGACUCACCCUCCAACAAGCUCCUUUAUGCCAAGGACAUCCCCAGCUACAAGAACUGGGUGGAAAGGUACUACUCAGACAUUGCCAAGAUGCCGGCGAUCAGCGACCAGGACAUGAAUGCUUACUUGGCUGAGCAGUCCCGAAUGCACAUGAACGAGUUCAACACCAUGAGCGCGCUCUCUGAGAUCUACUCCUACGUGGGCAAGUACAGUGAGGAGAUCCUCGGAGCCCUCGAUCAAGACGACCAGGCUGGGAAACAGAAACUCGCCUACAAACUUGAACAAGUCAUAACCCUCAUGAGCAUAGACAGCUGAGAACUGUCCUGCCAGGGAACCCCUGGGAGGGAUAAACCAAGCCGUGCCUCAGUCAAGAUCAUCCUCUUUACCAAGUGCAAGUUUUGAUUGGGCUGUAAGCAGAGUCAACCGAUCAGCUCUCUUUCUCUCUCUCUCUCUAAACCUAUGGACAAAGCCACAAGGCCUUGGGAUUUGAGGGACGUGGUGGCGUUGGAGGGAUCUCAUCUCUGGGGACACCGAGACAUUCAGGUGGAGCUCUCUUGUUCACAGCUUCCCCUUGCCCGAAAAAUACCAUCAUAUCAUCCGUAUCCAGACGGAAACCUGGAAGGCUGCCUCUGUCGCGCUGCUUGAACUGAGCUCCCGGGUCCGUAAGCCGGGGGCGGACGUGGAAACAAACUCAGUAUUAUUGGAGUCUCGUCUCCUGGGAUGGGGCCUGCCUCUGGGGAUCCCAGCAGGGCAGGAUCACACAGGGACCUCCUCCAGCAGAACCGUUACAGCUCCAUCUCCCGAUACCAGUCCUACGGGGAAGGAUUUGAAGCCUCCUGGGAACGCGACAGGGACCUGGGUCAACGCGGAGUGGCACGGGGGACUCUAACUCUCCGGGUGAAUAGUAAUGCCUGGAGGGGUGGGGGAGGGAGAGACCGCCCCUUGCCCCCCGCUUUAACUUUUCAGAUUUUUAUUAUUAUUUUUAAAACAGCCCCGUGUCCCCCUUGGUCUUUCCUUGUGUUUCCUGUUGACCGUAAAACUGCGAUGAAACGCUCUCUGCCUAAUUGCGCCGAGCCGGUGCUCGCCAUCCCCUCCGGAUGGCUCACGGCGCAGCGCAGCCCAUUUCCACUGCAACCCCAGAAAGGAAAAGCCUCCAGGCACGUGCCGAGCUAGAAAGGAGGAACCCGGCCGCAAAAACCCAAGCUGGUCUGGGAAAUAUAUCGCUUUUGCUAGAGGAAAGUUGUUCUGAGCCAGGACAAAUAUUUUUCUUGGCUUUUUUGGGGGAGGAGGGGUGUGGUUUCCUGGCUGAAAUCUCCACAGGACUUUGCAUUGUUUGGUGCAAAAUAUGAGGAGACCGGGGAUUAAAGGGAAUGAUUUCCCCUCGGGCUGCUCCCGGGAGGACGUGACCUCAUGCCGACCCAGCCUUUUGUAAAACCACGGUGGGAUUUUCCAAUUUUCUUGAAUGCCCACAAAUGAUUGUGACUGUUUCUGGCGGCACUAGGCCACCCUCUCUCCAUCUUGACCCAUCCCCAUCCUGUCCUCUCAUCCCAAACCCUCCACCAACAGGGUCAUUUUUAAAGCACAGUGGGUGCCUCAGCAGCAUUUCCCGUCCCCUACAUCCCUUCACUGUUAUUUCGGCACAGAGAUGGAUGGGAGAUGGCAUUUACUCCCCUGGCCCUCAGCUCCUCUUCAACAGCUGCCUCUCUGAGGACCGAGCUACUUCCUACCUAACCAAGCAGGAGAGUCUCCUUCUUCUCCCCUUUCUUUUUUUCCUUCCGUACAACCGCAGACCGCUUACUUCAAUACCAUUUGGGGUUUGCCGUCAACAAGGCGCCGAGCCCAGAGCACAAGAACCAAACCAGGGAACCUCGAAUUUGGCACAAAACGGAGCGAGGCUGGAAGCAGGAGCUGAACGUGCAUCUGUCACCUCGAGAAGCAAAUAGCGCUCGCUAAGACCACGCGUGGGCAUGGACGGGAGCGGUACGGGAAGACAACCUCUCCCCUCGGCCCAUCUCUCGCCAUCCUUGGAGAAGCAGCCUAGCUGCACAUUGGAGGGUAGAGGGGAAAGGGAGGUCUGUGGGCUGCAAGGGGUGUCCUUAAUGAUGGAGUGGUCAUAUCUGGUCCUAGUCAUGCUAUUGAUACAUACCUCUGCGUGACCACCUAUCGCUAGUGGAUUUACGGGAGGAUGGAGCAGGAGAAAAUUUGUUCUCGAGCCGAUUGCAUGCAGCCAAGCAUUCAAACCCGUGGGCGGUUCUUGCCACAGCGGUUGAAAGAACGAUGAGCCGACAGGCGUAGGGGGAACGUUGCAAGGUUCGUACCCGGCCGGCAGAGCGUAAGGGACACGUCUUGGUUUUUAAACCCCAGAUCUUUCUGUAUUGUUUUGGCGUGGACAUGGGCGUGCGUGUGUCAUUUCCUUUCCUUUUGCUUGCUUUGGUGAGUUGGCCGGCUGAGCGCCGCAUCACGCCCCUUCGAGGUGGCUCCGCGCACCCGAGAGGACCGUGCGUCAGGGCCAGUUGGGUGUGCGUUGGUGUCAUGGUUUUAACGCUUCAUUUGGUAACGUCAGAGUGUGUCCCAGAUCAGACCGUCACAGCUGGGGAAGUGGAACGGAAAAGUGCCACGAAAGCCAGUGCUAAGAAAACAAACGAACAAAAAACCAAGAACAGUUCAGAUUGCUUUUUCAUUUCUUUGGGGGUUUUUUUGGUUUUAAAGACGUAAACCAUGAAAGUUAAAAAAAUAAUGGAAGAAACCAAAGGUUUUGACAAACGAAGUGCCACAAAUGAGAAUUAUGGACCCUCUUCUCAUGAUUUUCAUUCAGCGGGAUGGUGGGAUCUAAGGACAAAAAAACCCAUGCUGGCUCAGAGGGGAACUCAGUGGCAGGCAGCUCGUGGAGCUGCCGGGGAUGGGUUUUGUUUGCACAGGAGAAGGGGGAGAGGGACGUUGCACGGGAAGAUUUCAAAGGAAACGUGUGUGAUUUUGCACAGCUAGAGCGGUGAAGAAGCACCACAGGGGAAAUCUGAGACUCAGCCUAGUUCAGUUAAGAUUUUUUGGGGGCGGGGAUGUUAUUUUAAUUUUCAUUUGCUGGGACAGCAUUGUUCAACUCUUCCUCCCUCCAUCUCCCUCACCCCCAGCACAUAACUUGAUAACCUCAGAGUGAACAAAAGUUUUAGCAGAAACGGGAUUGUGAACAUCAUCGUCCCCUUCUCUCCCAUCCAUUCCCUCGCUCUGCUCUGCCCCCUCAUCUUCCCCCACUUGGGAUUUUCAGCAAAUCUCUCUUUUCAUUCGGCUUUAUUUUUAUACCUCAGCUUCUUCUGCCUUUGUUUCGGCCUUGACAACGUGCUGGCAUUGUGAAGUGAAUGUGUGGGUUCCCCCCUCCGUUGCUUCGCCCUCACUUUGCCGCUCCCACUCCACCCCUUGCCCACCAUGGGCCUCUGAGAUCACUUGCUCCCUGCCCCGACUUAAUUUAAUUCAAUUUUUUAAGUGCAUGUGAAAUACAAUGAAAAACAGAGACACAAACAGAAGGAAGAAGGUGCCUUGUGACUGCCGAGAUGCGGUCUUUUCCUCCUUCCUUUGCCUUUCUUUUCCUUUCCCUCCCUCUUGUACCUUUGCCUGUGGACAUCCCACCAGAGUUGGCCCAUCAUAUUCUGGGGUCAAGCUAUCCAGAGAGGGCUUAUUUCAAAGCCCAUUGAGGUCAAUGAACAGCUUUCCCAUCCCAGCACUCCUAGAUGACAUGCUGUUUUAUGGGGUAACCUGCCUGCGGUAGGCUUGACUGUUGACGUUUAUGGCACCAUCACCAAUGGGGUGGCCUGGACAAAGACCUCUGAUAGAUGUGAGGCCAAACCCUUUCACUGGGCCUUUGGGUAUAGCUAAAAGUUAUGUCUUCACCAUAGAGUUAGCCCCAAGUGUCUGUACCUGGUUCACCUGGCAGGGCUUGGGCAGCCACAUUGCAAAGCACACCUAAGCCACAUGUCCUCACUUGUGUUGCCAUAAGGUGAGCCACUUUAGGAUUUCUUUUCAGUAACUGGUGGGAGACCGUAUCUGUCCUGGGCAAUGGAUGGAGUGGUGAAAAGACAGUGGAGGUCCACCAGCACUUGGGCUGAAUCCACCCUCCUCUUCCUCCACUGUAGAUGUAUCUAACCCUCCCAGUGCACCUUUGAAAGGAGCUACACCUGUGAUCACCAGCUGAGGAUCUUGCCCACUGUGAUUAUCUGUUCACAUCACACUCACUUUGGUGCCUCUAGGGAAGAGCUAGGCCUUGUGGAGUACUUUGCCAAGGGCCGUGCUGGAAAUGCAAAUUCAUAAAGGAGCUGGGAGUAGCUCUCAGUUAGGAUUGUGCCGUUGGUCUGAGGAGGAAGGGAACAGUCUUGUACUGCGAGAUGGUUGGACAAGCAGGUGGGACCCAUAUGGGUCUUCCUCAUUUUAUCUUCUUGGGUGGUUUCUCUGCUCAGCUGUGGAGAAGAGAAGCAGCCCUGGGCUUUGUGCUGGACUGAGGCUGAAUUUUACCAUGCAAAAAGUAUAAAUAGGGAAGACCAUUGGCUGCAUUUUAACUACAUUUACUCCUGAUUAUGUGACCAAUGUAGAAAUGAUUGGUGCCGAGCCACCAGGGGAGUAGUGGGGCCUUCAUUGCCUGGUGACUUCAGAUAAAAACGGGGAGCUGGAUUCAAAAAGCCAUUCAGGCUUCUUCAUGCCCAUUGAUUUCAGUGAGAAUAUAGGCACCUAGAUAAUGUCUCAAAGGUGUGAUUGGCCAAUGGGAAGAGAUUGGGCUCAGGGCUUGGGUAACUGGGGAGGCAAAAUCCUCUGGGGAGAUGUGAUAUUUUUUAUUAGACCAACUAAAUAGUUGGAAAAAAGUCCUUUGCAAGCUUUGGGACACAAACAGCCUUCUUCAGGCUUUGGGUCAUUGGAUGAAGUUUAAUAGCCACUGCUAUACAGAAGGUCAAGUAGAUGAUCCGGUGGUCCCUUCUGGACCUAAGUGAACCUACAAGCUGGUCCAAAUAGUGGGAAUGGUAAGAGAUGAGGGGAUGGAGGAGUUGGCAGGGGUGACAUUUGAAUAAAAUGUUAAGGGGAAAAUUGCAAAAUGCAUCCAUAGUUAAAAGAAAGGAAGUUUCCUGAGUGUCAGCCUUGUCCAUCACGUCAGGCCACCUAAGGGUUACUAGCUGCUGUCUGUAAGCUAUGCAACUGUGUCAGGAUCCCUUUGCUUUUUACCAAAUCAGCUCCAGGUGGAAGCAUUUUACUUUUUCAGAGCUGUAGGAGGGGCGAGCUGGAGUGACGCUGUGCCUGCUCGGAUGGUCUCCACAGACCACCCGUAGGAUGGCCCUGCUGUCGCUGAAGAGCAGUUGGUGUGAAUCCAGCCUAACCCCUUCUCUCCUUGUCUGUGUGCAUCUGAAGCAGCUGGACAGGUGGCUUUCUAUAUAAAUAUGCAUGCAUCCCCCAGCAGACCCUCUGCUUUGACAGGUAUUUUGCACAGACAGAGAGAAAAGUACCACGUGUCCCAGCCCCUCAGCUGGCACAAACCUGUCCCUGGUAGCACUGUUGAAACCAGUGGUGCUACAUCAGCCUGCAUUGCUGCAAACCAAGUGAAUCCCGCAGUGACCUUGAGGCUGGGGCCCAAAUCUCCAAGCUACUUAUGUGCCCAAACCUCACUGAUCUCAAUGGGGCGAAGCACCUAAAUACCCUCAUGGGUCCUACUCUAAUGGCCAGGCCCUAUUACCCCUAGUAAGGACCUAGGUGGACUUGGCAUUUAAGUGCUAUUCGAGACCACCCUGCUCAAAUCCCUGUAGAGCCAUCAAUGCAUUGGUUUGUACAACGCUCAUCUCAGCCUUAAGUCCAUGUCAUUGAGAGCUGCCGGGAUGAGGAGACCAAGGCACCCGCCUUUUGCAGGAACUGAUAUUUAGGGUCCUGAAUGGGGUAGAAGAGGAUCACUCUUGGGCACCUGGAUUCAUUUAGUCCCUAAUAGGUGGAGUAGGAUCAGGCCCUGCACUCUCAUUUGGAGGACAUGAGAGAGAGCAGCGGCGACAUUGCUUUUCUGAGCUAAGCACCAUUUGCCUGUUAUCCCUCCUUUUUUAAAUGAAUGGGUUGGCUCUCUUGGAAGCAGAGCUGCCACCAGGCAUGUUGCCAUGAUCCUCUCCCCAGCAAUGCAGGACAAAAUGCUGAAUAUGGCCCCCAAGCACCACUGCUACAAGGGAAAUAUCCUUUGAGACAGGGCAAAAAAGGGUGGGGGGGACAAGGAAGUGCCACAGCUCUGGCCCUAGAUGCCACAAAUGCCAUUCUCCGGGGGCUCAACUUCCCCCCAUUUCUUCAGCACUGGCUUUUCCAGCUUCACCGUGGCUGCGGUUCAGGGGAUACAGCAGAGACCCCCAUGCCAGGAGCCCUUAAGUGAUCAAUGGGUGACCUUGGGCAAUCCUGUAAUGGUUCUUUGCCUCAGUUUCCCCAUCUGUGAGGAGGCCAUGAGGGUUAACUGUUGUCUGUAAAGUCCUUCGAAAAUGCAAAGUGCCGCGUAUUAUGGUUCAUAUAGUGAUUGGGGUCAACCUAGCUGUGACCUCUCAGCCAGCGUUUUUGAGGGGGGCCCAGGGAGGGCAUCGGAGAGGCAUUAAUUUGUGGAACGAUGUCACAAAAAUGAUUUAAAAGCAGAGCGGGGGGGAAAAAACACCCAGAAAAUCUUACCAAAAAAACAAAAAAAAAAGAGGAAAAAACAGAAGAUAAAGCUGCUUACAGUAAUCGGAGGGUCACGAGCGCGCCCUUCCUUGCCGGCGUCUGUUCCUUGGCUUUUUCUGUUAGUCUCCUGUUCGGAAAAAAAUAACGAAGGGGGAGUUUACCUCAAGGAUUUGUUUCUGCGUGGAAACAAAUCACCUGAAAGAGAUUUCACCCAGCAGCCAAAGGCUGGGGAACGAGGCUGUGAGUCUGCCAUAAGGUACUUGUAUAGGAGCUUGCUAGCAUUUUUCUGCUUUUUGCCUUCUAGGAUAAUAUUUUGGGGGAGCAGCCCCCCUGAGCGGGGUUUGUCAGCCUUCGGUUGCUGCCAGAGAGUCUAGCGGGGAUCACAGCCCCUCCGCACCAUCAGCAUUUGGCCUCCGAUAUCGAGCCGCUUAGCUGGGCUUGUUCUCCAGAUGUGCUGCAAGUGAGGGGGGGAGAAGCGAGGGUCUCAUUGGGAGAGUGCAGAAAGGGGGCCGUGUUGGAGGCGCAUCACACGCUUGGGGCCAAACUGCCUCUGCCCCAGCUGGUGUAAAGCAGCUGGUGGAAGCGGAGCCCAGUGGCUCUUGCAGUAUGCUGUCACCUAAUACUACUGCACAGUAGUAUAUUAGCACAGGCUUUGCCCAGCACGCAGUGUUAUUAGGCUGCUGCACACUUUGCAUCGUGUGUAGACGCACCCACUGACAUCUAGAAGAUCCUCGUCCUUGCCCUGGACUCCAACAACUCCUUGUCAAAAACCAGCCCUCUGAAAUGCGGCUUGCUCUGCAUGCAAGGGGCAGUGGUGGCCUUAGGGGAGGGCAAACUGGACAACCGCCCAGGUCCCGCACUUUAGGGGCCUCAACAUUUUGCAACAAAUGUCUGACUUGCUUAUAGGUCAUCAAAAUUUUGCCCCUAAAGGGCCACAAAUGCCUCUUUUGCUUUAGGGGGCCCUGAAAUUUUGCAACAAAUGUCCCACUUGCUUAUAGGUCAUCAAAAUUCAGGCUCUAAGGGGUCCCAAAUGACUCUCUUGCCCAGGGCCUUAACAACCCUAAGGUCAUUACUGCAAGGGGCUGUGCACUGGAUUCACAGAUACCAGGCCCCAGGAGCAGGAUUAUGCAAUGGGGGGAGGAUAAAACUUCCUUAAACUAGACCAGCUUCUAGGAGCUGGCAGACAAGGAGUUUGGAGGGAGGCAAACUGGACUUGUGUGUGCAGCCAGCCCUCUUUCCUCUCUCUCUUUUGAAAGAGGUUUUUGUGGCCCUGUGAGCUGGGCCAGCGAGUGUGCAUCCCCCAGGCUGCGUCCCAGGUGGCACAGAAGAAACUUUGCCUUGUUUUAAGUUUCUUCCCAGGUCUUUUGUUGCACCCCUGUUGUUCCAGUGCCAUCGCAGGGAGGGGAACCUGAGGAGCUCGCAGUGCUAGGGGAACCUGCCCUCAACCACGGCGUUGCCUACUCACUCUGCAGCAAGCAGCUGGAGCAUCUCAAACAACAGAUCAACCCCUUUUGUGGUACCCUCCCAUGUCUUGGGCACGUGGGACCCCAGCUGUCUCACUCCCCCUGCCUGUUUGCCUAAAGCUCCCACCUUCAAUGUGAAGACAUAUCUUUUGCUAACAGUGUUACCACGGGCCUAAAAGAGCUAUCGAUACCUAUCACGUUCGAUCAACAUCGAUCGCAUUAGAAAGGAGGUUGGGAUCUCUUUUAUUUUUUGUUGUUGUCGUUGUUGGUUUGUUUUCUUUGGAAAUGAUCCUAAGACAAGAAAGGAAAAGAAAUUAAACGAAGAAAUAAAAGUCUAUACUAUUUAAAUCGGACUCCCGUUGUUACUUGGUAAAAGCAAAGCUUCUGUACUUUGUUAUAAUUAAUUGUAUACCUGUGUAUGUAAAUAUAAGGCAUUCCUAUUUUGCAGUCCAGAACAAAGAAAAAAAACAAAACAAAACAAAACAAAACAAAAAAAAAACUAUUUGUAAUAUAGAAUAAAGUUUAUUAAAAAAAAAUAAUAAAUCCAAAAAGCACA